GGUCGACAUUCUCCGGCUUCCACACAGGUUUGUUCCUGCGUUUGCAUGCAGGGCGGACGGAGGCUCACAUGCCUCUGGGAUCCGAGCACCUUCUCUGACGCCCACAGGAGACCUUCCGGCCCCAGGGUGAAGAAGACGCGUGGCGAUGGAGGGCAGGUGGACGGGCAUCUCGACCGUGCUGGUCAUCUUGGCUGGGCUGGCAGCUUCUGGAUCCAGCUAUCAAAUCCUAGAAGGUCCCAAGAAUGCAACAGUGCUGGAGGGCUCAGAGGCUCGCUUUAACUGCUCCGUCUCGCAGGGCUGGAAGCUCAUCAUGUGGGCUCUGAAUGGCACAGUUGUUCUGAGCAUCACGCCCUCGGAGCCCAUCAUCACCAACGACCGCUUUACCUCUGCGAGCUACGAAGAGGGCGGCAACUUCAUCUCUGAGAUGAUAAUCCAUGACGUGCAGCUCCGUGAUGCAGGGCACAUCAAGUGCAGCCUCCAGAACAGUGACCGUGAUGCAUCUGCUUUCCUUUCGGUGCAAGUUAUGGGGGAGUUGCUCAUUCCCGGAGAUGACCUUGUAGCCAUCGAGGAUAAACCUUGCAAUGUGACUUGCCACGCACGGGGCUGGAUCCCACUCCCAGGUAUUUCCUGGGAGAUCGGUGUUUCCGUGAGCCACUCAAGCUAUUAUUCCGUUCUGGAGCCCGACGACCUCCAAAGUGCAGUGAGCGUCCUAACUCUCACACCACAGGGCAACGGGACUUUGACCUGUGUGGCCACCAUGAAGGGGCUGAAUGCCCAUAAGUCUGUAACUGUGAAUCUUACUGUGAUUCCGCCUCCUUUGGGCAGCAUUGAUAAAGCAGGUACAUCAUUGCCUACCUGGGCCAUAAUUCUGCUUGCAGUAUCAUUUUCAUUGCUUUUGAUCCUGAUAAUUGUUCUGAUUGUAAUAAUCUGCUGUUGUUGUGUCUCCAGGAGAGAGAAAAAAGAAUCUAGUUAUGAAAGAGAAAUAAGGAAAUCUGCAAGUGUGAAGACAAACAAAGAAACUUUUGAGAAAAACUUAGAAAGUGGAAGGGAAAACUUGGGCUACCGUUCAGAUGAGCCAAGGACGGCAAAUCUUGCUUCUUUUGCUCCAGUGUCCUCUGAAUCCAGCGUUCGGGAACAACACAGCAACAGACAACCUUAUCAGGGACCUGACCGCCGGUGGUGGGGCCCAGCAGGUCGCCCGCAGGUUUCUUUUUCCGUGGCCAGUCCUAGAACGGUGAGGAACGUAACUUUGGUCUAGCAAAGACGUCCCUUGAGCUCCAUUCUGCACGUGGCUGACGAUCUACAUCACACCCACGUCGUCCUUCUCUGUCCCAAGGCUGGGAUUCCUCUUCACCAGUGUUACCGGGAAGCAGUGAUGCUGGAGUAAUCGGAAUGGAUACUUUAUCGUGACAGAAGGGGUCUGUUUCUCCACCUUCCAGCAUAGAAUUUGGUUUUCAAAACAUUUCACAAUUUUAGUGAAUUCCACCAAGUUACUGACUGAAAGCUUUGAAUUCAUCGUGGUGAUUUACUCGUCACCGACACUCCUCUUGCUAAUCCAAUAAAUGGCAGAUAAGCCUAUAUCCUACCAUGACUUUUAAAACAUUUUUGUUAUUGUAAUCAUACGAAGACAAUAUUUAUGUAUGUUUAACAUGUGAGGCAUUAUUGUAUAUUAUCCUUGAAAAAAAGAGCAUACACAUUAGGAUCAAUCAGAAUUCUAAAAUUGCCUGGGAAAUCAGAACUCACAGAUUAAGUAUAAGAUUGAAUUCAAGGAUGAUGUAUACAUUGUGAAAUAUCCAUUAUCGGAUAUUUCCAUGAAGACAUUUACUUUUAUUUGCUCCUUAUCAGGCCCACUCUCAUGUACUCCGAUGAGUUAGAUGUGGAUUUUGCUGUGAGGGGAUGUACCUUAUAUACCACAAAUGCCAUGAAAACACUGGAAAUGGGUAAUAUGUUCUUUAAUAAAUAAAAGGGAAAACCCAAAAACACAUGUACUGCCUUCCUUAAUUGCUUACUAUUCAGGUGGUACUUUAAGGAACCAUGAUGUUUAGGAAUCAAACAUUUCUAAGAAGCAACGUGAGAUGUCUGUAAAACAAAACAAAACAAAUCACAUUUUCAUGUUAGUCUUUGACUACUUUACAUUUGCCUCAUAAAAGUUAAUACGAGGGGCUCCCAGGUGGCCUAGUUGGUUAAGUGUCUGACUUGAUCUCAACUCAGGUCUUGAUUUCAGGGUCGUGAGUUCAAGCCCUAUGUUGGGCUCUGCACUGGGUGUGAAGUCCACUUAAAACAAAGAGGUUAAUAUGAAUGUUGUUAUUAAGAAUAAAA